CCAUAAAUAUGUGUUUAUGAGCUUAUUCUGUACAUUUGCUAAUAUAAUUGUUGUUUUGAUUGUUUUUUUGUUAUUUCCCAGCAAAAUAUUAGUUUAAGUUUAUGUGUUGUGUCCUUUACAUACAGUAUGUUCUUCAUUAAUUUAUUUUUUUGCAGUUCUUCAUCUCUAGUUUUAUUGCUCAUUUUGCAGCUAGAUUAGCUACAUUGACCUGCCUACAGAUUUUAUUGGUUAAUUUCAAUUUAAUUUUCUAAUUUUUUUUUUUUUAAUUUCAGCCUUUUAAGGCUAACUUUUAGCUAUUGUGCUAUGGUUUAUUUCUGGGCUGUGUUUGCUUUCAGCAAUUAAUGACUUACUGUUAUUUAGUGUAUGCUUUUUUUCUUUCCAUAUCUAGUUAUUUGUUAAAAUACUUUUAUAAACCUUCAAACAACAUUGGCUGAUUUGUAGCUAUUUCUCAGGAUAACAUUCUAAUUAUAUUAUUAGUUAUUACGCGUAAGUGUAGUUUAUUGAUUAUCAGUGAUGGUUUACGUCGAAAGCUCUGGCCGGAAGUGACACAACAGGUACUGGUCCCAGCUUGACAGCAGUGGGCAGGAGCGAGUGAGGCUUGUAGAACAGCAGAGAGCAGCAGCCUGGAGCGCACGCAUGUUCAGUGGACUCGGAUGGUGUGAAGCAGCAGAUGAAGGAGUCAGACGUCCGGGAAUGACAGCGGCUGUCACUGCACCGAGUGACAGUUUUCACUCUGAUUCACGCUGCUAGAAGAACCGUUCCAGCUGACAUCCAAAAAAACACCGAUCCGGAUUGGAUCAAGCCAGACCGGGACUAUGCCAGAGAUGGAGAAGGGGAGACCACCUGAAAAUAAACGCAGCAGGAAACCCGCACACCCCGUGAAGAGGGAGAUCAACCAGGAGAUGAAGACGUUUGCAGAAAGCACCAUGAACGAACUCCUGGGAUGGUACGGCUACGAUAAGGUGGAGCUCAGAGAGUCGGAGGCCAACGAGAUCAGAAACUACAGAGAGAGGCGUCAACAUGUGUCUGUGCUGAAAGAAAACUCAUUGCCAAAGCCCAAACACCUGGACACCAAGGUCAGUAAUUCAGUGCUGGCCAUAAAGAGCGGAGAGAGAGACCCCUCCAGUGUCCCCUCUUCUUCACCCUCCUCUUCAUCAACGAGCUCAACACUGACAAACCCCAAGGAGCACAAGAGCGCCCCCGUCAUUGUUCCACUGAUAAAACCGUCAGCAGUGGAGGAUGUACAGAAUGUCCAGAUCGUCUGUGUUUGGUGCCAGAAGGAAGGUGUGAAACGCUAUUCCCUGUGUAUGGGUUCCGAUCUAAAGAGCUUCUGCAGCGAGAAGUGUUUCGCCGCCUGCAGACGAGCCUACUUCAAACGAAACAAGGCCAGAGAUGAAGACCUCCACGGUGAGAGAUCACCUCAGCACCCCCACUCGGAGGACUCGCCCAGACUGGUUUUAAAAGUAAACACCAAUGUCAGAUCUCUCUCCCCUGUGCCACAGGUAUGUGACUGGUGCAAACAUGUCCGUCACACUAAGGAAUACCUCGACUUUGGAUCUGGAGAGGAGCGCCUUCAGUUCUGCAGCACCAAGUGUCUCAAUCAGUACAAGAUGGAUGUUUUCUAUCGGGAGGCACGUGCAGCUCUGACCAGCAGCAGCUCCAGUCCAAGCAGAACCAGUCAGGAAGGAAGGGUGGACAACAGUGUCACUGGACAAAAGUUACUCACUCCUGAGUCUUGGAACUGCAACAACGGUGCAGCAGAGGCUCGCCACCGAAAUCUCUCACCUAAAGGUCUGUCCAUAAUCCAUGGAUCAGCAGAAUCUACAGCAGUCUCCUCCUCAGAAGCAUCUUCAUCGUCAUCUUCUUCUUCUUCUUCAACUUCCUCUUCAUCUGCCAAGGCGUCUCUUUCUGGGCUAAGAAGUCUAGAGAGACCCAUUCAGCCUCCUGCACACGUGCCUACCGUGGAGAUGUCACCCCACCCUCCUCACCUUGCUCCUCCACCUCAUCUCCCUCCUCGUUUGCCCUUAGAACAUCCACCAGUGCCUCAAAUCCCUCUUCCUUUUAUCCGUCCACCUCUUCACGCUCAGGGCCUGAGAAGCCCUCUCGCCAAUACUCCUCGACACCCUGCCCCCCCCUCCAGUCCUAUCCACAGACCUGCUCAUUCUCCUCACCUCCAGGCCCCGACUCCUUCUUCCAUAAACCCUCCAGGACUAAUGCAUCCCUAUCCAGGAGCGUACUUCCCUGGCUUACACUCCCCUCCUCUCAACAUGAUGCCAAGGGGUCCUGUCCCAAUGCCCCCUCUAAUGAACUUUGGAAUUCCUUCCUUUAGCCCUCUUCUGCCUCAUCCAACCGUCCUCGUCCCUUAUCCCAUCAUUGUACCUUUACCAGUCCCUAUACCCAUUCCUAUUCCUUUUCCAAUCCCUUCCAAGUCAAACCCAGAAACUCCGAGCCACAAUGGAGUUAUCCAGCCUGUGCCAGAGGGAACGGACAGGAUCAGGUCCAGGAGUACCAGACUGCAAUCGCCAGUGAAUCAUGACAGAGAGAGUAGAUUGGUACCUGACAAGCUCAGUGCAACCUUGACUCAAGGUCUCCAUUCCCCAAAUGAUCUUAACAGUAGGGACACAGAGUGGGUCAAACAGGAGAGGCCAUUCCCAUCCCCAACAUCCACACUUAACGGUGAGAGCUCCUCUCCAAGAGGACAGUACAACGAAUCAGUCUGCCCCACUCCAACAGAGGUCCUGACAGACUAUAAGCAGCAGCCGUCAGAGCGCCAGGUCAUCCAGAGGGUUCUUCAGAGAACACAGGUGAAGCAGGAGCCCACUACCAAUGGAGUGGUAGACCUGUCUGGGCUCGGGGAGACGCUGACUGGGCAGGGUACCAGAGCUGGACUCCUCAACAUUAUUAGACCCACGCCACCUCCACCAGAAUCCCCUUCACAUGACAGCGUCCACCAUCAGGACCCCCCCACUCCAUCGUCACUCACCACGCCCAGUCCUACAGGGAGCAGUCAUCCCGAUAAUGUCACAUCUUCUGCUCCUAACUCUCAGGACCACUGUGCUAAUGGAACGUCCUCAUCGUCCACACCCUCCAGUCCAGACCCCUCCCACAUACAGAGAGUGCCAGCCCCGCCCCUCGACCCCCCAAUCAGUGAGCUGGAGGCCAUCAAAGAGAACAAGUGCUCUGUUGUCGGCCCAGCAAAGGUUGAGGGCCUAGUCGCUCAGUCUGAGGAGCCUGUAGCCGUCGUCGGAGAGGUCGGAGAUGACCCCCAUGUUCCCGAUGAGGACCACGCCUACGCCCUUCCCACAGCGCCAAAGACAGGUGGGACCACCACCCCACUGCUCUUGCCCAAACUCAGAGACAAGGGUAGUCUGCGGAGCCCUGCGAAUAUCCCCGCUGCUGGAGACAUGGAGCCAGCCCUGAAGAGGCGAUGUCUACGAAUACGAGAUCAGAAUAAAUAAAGAAUGGAGGCUCCCUGUUUAACACUGUAUGGCAGUGCCAGAUUCAGUGCCACGCCCUCUUGUGGACAACGCCAGAGCUAACACCCUCCAGCCUCUUUCCCUCAGCCCCUCAGCCCACCACAGUGCUGCUCUGCCUGUAGACCAGCAGGGUGCCAAUCCAGGAAAUCAGCCCAGAUGGCCACAUUAUCUCUGAAAGAAGAAGAAGAAGAAGAAGAAGUCACAUGAUUGA